AUGGUUGACAAUCAAGUUGAUCCAAUUUCGACUGGUUCUACAUCCACUGCUAGGAUGGAUUUUGCCAAUCCCUUCUAUCUGCAUCCUUUCGAGAAUGCAGGUUCAUCUCUAUUGCCUGGAAUUUUCGAUGGCACUGGUUAUAGAUCAUGGUGGAGAGCUGUUCUUAGAGCCUUAUCUGUUAAGAGUAAAACAGGUUUUAUCUGUGGAAAAGUAGUAAAGCCCAAUCUAGAUAAUCCUAGUUUCCAACAGUGGGAGAGGUGUGAUGACAUUGUAACCUCUUGGAUUCUGAAUUCCUUGUCACCUGAUCUAAGAGAUAGUCUGCAGUAUGUUAGCAAUGCACAUGAAUUAUGGGCUGAAUUGGAGGAAAGAUAUGACCAGACCAAUGGUUGUAAGUUGUAUCAGCUUCAGAAAGAAAUCAAUGAUCUUGUUCAAGGCACUUUAGAUGUCACUGGUAUUACACGAAGAUGA